AGAGAGAGAGAGAGAUGGAGGCGGAGAAAGCUGGAGCGUCGCUGGACUCGCUGAUCGCCGGGUUCAACAGUCGGAUCUCGGAGCUCCAGGAACUCGUGAUUGCUCGAAACAUGUUCCCGGCCAGCAGCCUCACCGAUUUGACGGCCGUGGACGCCGCCGUGAAGGCCAUGGAGCUUCAGGUCCAGGCCAUCAAGGACCGCGUUCGCGACGAAACCCUAGCUAUCCCCAAAGCUAAAAAACUGAUCGAUGCAUCGCUGAAGCAGCAAAGGAAAUUGAAGGACAUGUCAAUUUAUGCGCCAACUCAUGUUCCUGAAAGGAUGUCAAUGUUGAAUUUGGAUACAAAUAGAUGUUUAUUUCCGGAAAGCUCUCAGCAAAACACUGGUUCUGGGAUGUUUAAGCUUGAAGAGGAUCCUGGACCACCACCACCACCUAAGGAGAAAAAGGGUCGUUCCGCACCACCGUUGUGGUUUUUAAGUGCUGAAGAGCUGGAUUCCUUGUCAUCAUACAUGAGAGGAAGGCUUACAUUAGAGAAGAUCAAUGCAGCUAUUAAUGACAUGGCGACAUAUGCUGAAGCAAAUUAUCAGCUCAUAGCUGCUCCAAAAAAAAAUGUGGCAGGAGACCGUUGGGAAAAGGCCCUGGAAAUAAGAGAUAUUGGAAUGCAUGAAGCAGUGAAGGGAAAACACUUUUUUCUUGAAACUGACAUGAAGGGACCAUCUUUGAAGCUUGACAACACUGGAAAAGCAAUACUAACUGUCCUUCGUCAUCUUGGGCGUGUAAGUGAGUCACGGAUUGGUCAUCAUCGGGUGAUUAUUCUAUUGAAGCCUCAGUGA